CUAAGAUAACAACAACAAUUAUGUUAAAAAAAAAAGUAUCACAAUUCAGAUGGUAAUCACAUUUGACCGCCGCCAAAUGCCCACUGUUUAUGAGCUUUCACUUUUCAAUGGCCAAUUUGCACCGGAGUUACAUCAACAAGUUGAUGCUCUUCACCUCUAUCCUGCAACUAUUAAGAUCAAGUCACACACUCAAAAACUCCCACAAAUCAUAGAAACUUGAAGUCAUCAACAUAUAACACCAAACAUUCAAACCUUGCUCUUUGAAUUGUAGUUGUCAACUCACACCCUCAAAAAGUAAUAGAGCUUCUCUUUGUGUUGCAAUUGUCCAUGGUAUUCUUGUUACACAAAUUUGCAAAACUGGAGAAUCAUCACCAUCACCAUGAUCCUCCUCAAUCUGAGGAAUUACAAGCUUCCUUGCAGGCUUUCCGAUCUGAAGUUUCCAAAUUCAUUGAUCAAUUAGCAUUGGAUUUGAAACCCGGAUCAGAGAUCUUGUCCUUGUCAUGGAUUGAAAAAUGCCUUGAGCUCUUAUCCAUCACCAUCAAGGCUCUUGCAAACCUUGCUGUGGAUAUAGAUUACCCAAUGAGUGUAUGGGAGGUUGAUUCUAUUGAAGGGUAUCUCAGCUACAGCUUGUGUUUACUGGAUCUUUUCAAUUCCAUUUCUUCUUCAUUUUCUCGGCUCGAACAGGCUCGCCUCUCGCUUUCUCAUGGCUUGGCCUUAUUGGAGAAGAAUUCACCAUCUUCAGCCACAGGGCAUCAUCUGAAAGCAAUUCAGCCAGGUUGUUUCAGCACCAAGUUUGGUGAAGAAUUUUACACAGAAAGUGAUAAAGCAAGGUUUUUUUCUGGUAAGGAAUGGGUUGUUCAUGAAGCUGUGAAGGAAAUAAAGAGUAUUGGGUUCUGGGUAUGUGGGGUAUUGUUGUCUGGUUUGUGUACUGAUGCUAAGCCAUACAUGGAGCUGAAGAAAAUGGCAGGUGAGUUUGAUGGUUCUUCAAUUCUCACACUUGAUUCCAAAAUAAGUGAAGGGGAAGUGAAGCAAAAUCCAAUCUUGAAGGAGGUGAAAGAGGUAAAUGAUGCUCUUGCUGAACUUCUUGUUGCUUCAGAUGAAGUGAAGCAUGAAGCAACCAAGGAAUUGCAGACAAAGCUGCACGUGUUCGAGAAGCUAUGUGAUGUUGUAAAAGCGAAGGUGGAUGAUGUAUUUUCCAAGGUAAUGGCCCAGAGAACUGAAUUAAUUGAUUGUUUUCAAGUGAGGAAACAAAACUAAAGUUCCAUUGUAUAGAUGAAUAGGUUUAGAUAAUUUGUUGUUUUAAUCGGUAUGAUUAUUGUGAAGUCAUGUAAAUAUCAAAUACUUGUGAUUUCUUUGAACAAUGGUGUUUGUAGUUGAACAGUGUCUAUAAAGAAUAGUCAAGUACAUGAUUCAGAUGAUUACUUCAAUAAACUACUACAUAAAUAUUGACUUGAUAACCUUGCGCAUAAUUGAAAAA